CCAGAAUGCUCCGCCAUUUCCUACGCCACGAGAACAACAAACUGUUUGUGCUGAUUCUCUUAUAUUGUGUCCUGGUUAGUCUCCUAAAGCUGUGCAUAGCGCAGGCAGACAAUUCAUUGGCGCCCAAUGACAAUGAUAUUACUCAUUUGGGCGAUGAUUGUCAAGUAACCCCGGUUAUCCACGUACUUCAGUAUCCUGGUUGUGUGCCGAAGCCAAUACCAUCGUUUGCCUGUGUUGGUCGCUGCGCCAGCUACAUACAGGUUUCGGGGAGUAAAAUUUGGCAAAUGGAGCGGUCGUGCAUGUGUUGUCAGGAGUCAGGUGAACGCGAGGCAGCUGUUUCCCUAUUCUGUCCCAAGGUGAAGCCGGGCGAGCGUAAAUUCAAGAAGGUACUCACCAAGGCCCCAUUGGAGUGCAUGUGCCGCCCUUGCACAUCCAUUGAGGAAUCGGGAAUCAUACCGCAAGAGAUUGCUGGCUAUUCGGAUGAGGGUCCACUUAACAAUCAUUUUCGACGCAUUGCCCUGCAAUAG